UGAGUCACGUGCACAGCUCGAGCUCGUCACAUGAUCAGCUGAUGACUCCUUCCUCUGCUGGAUGCAGGAUUUCCAGCCUUCGCCGCUUCGAAGGGCUCACAGGAAUCCAUUUCUCUGCAAAAUACAACAAUCAAAGAGAAAAUAACACCACAGUAGCUUUAGGUGUAUUCGCGUUAGAACCUUUAGAUAGCAGAACUGGCGCUGUUGGUGGAGUGGAUGAUGAACGGGCACGCAAUUUUAUACACCGGGGUCACUUUGGCCUUCUGGACGACCAUCCUGAUCGUCGGUAUUUGCUAUACGAUUUUUGACCUUGGAUUUCGAUUUGAUGUAGCAUGGUUUUUAACAGAGACUUCUCCAUUUAUGUGGGCUAGUCUUGGAAUUGGCCUGGCUAUCUCUCUGUCUGUUGUUGGCGCUGCAUGGGGGAUUUAUAUCACUGGGUCCAGCAUCAUUGGUGGUGGUGUCAAAGCCCCUAGAAUCAAGACCAAAAAUCUGGUCAGCAUUAUCUUUUGUGAAGCUGUUGCCAUUUAUGGGAUCAUCAUGGCAAUUGUCAUUAGCAAUUUGGCAGAGAACUUCAGUGGUACGACUCCAGAGACUAUUGGGGAGAAGAACUACCAAGCAGGCUACUCCAUGUUUGGUGCUGGACUCACUGUUGGCUUUUCAAACCUCUUCUGUGGUAUCUGUGUUGGCAUUGUGGGCAGUGGAGCUGCCCUUGCUGAUGCUCAGAAUGCCAGCCUCUUUGUCAAGAUUCUCAUUGUUGAAAUUUUCGGCAGUGCCAUUGGACUGUUUGGAGUGAUCGUAGCCAUCUUGCAGACAUCGAAAGUAAAAAUGGGAGAUUAGAUGACCACACAACCUACAGAUCAAAGAUGCUGUGUUGCUGGCGCAAACAGGAGGUGUAAAUACAUAGUAAAUUAUUUAAAUGUGUUUUCCUUUGUGUCUGUUUUUAACCAUCAUUUUCUGAAGAUUGAAAUAUUGUAUCUGCACCAGUUUGUCUUCAAAGAGUGCAUGAUGAUGUCAAAGGCAGAUCUUUGGCAACUUACACACUUUUGGUUUGGCAUCCCAUAAUUCUGAAAAUAAAAAAAUAUCACUUAAAGUUUUUGGCCAUACCUCCAUGAUGUCAUAAUAUCAAAUUUAAUUAUUAUUAUUAUUGUUUAAAUCAAAAAGUAUUUUAUUUAUUAAAACAGCUUAAUAAUAUAAACAGUGAUAGUGCAUAUGGUGACAGAACAGACUGUCUAUAGAUCCAAAGUUAGGGUCAGGUUUGACAUAUAGGGUGUUAUGUUUGUAAUCAUCUCAAAUUCAAAUAUGUAGUUCGCUGUGAUUGUUCUGUACAGUACAAGAAAAGUGAUAAAUUGCAUUAGUGUGGUUCUUCGCAUUGGAUGGGUGUAAAUCAUAAAGUAUUCUCUUGAUGGCUGUAUGCAAGAAUGUUCUUGUGUAUUCGCGUGAUGACACCUGGUGUAUCUGAUGUGCUUGAUUUCACUCUCACUUGUUCUUUCAUAUAGCUACUGAAUUCAAGUAAAUGCUAUCUUUGAGAAAACAGUUGAUGUAAAAAGAAAUUAUAAUAAUAAUACCAGUCAUCUCCAAUUGUAUUUCUACCAAUGUAGGCCCUCACUUUGUAGGGCUCUCUUCAGAUCUGGUUGGUUAAAAUGAGAGGAUAUAGUAAUCUGAUGUGUGUACAUAUUAAAUAGAUUUUUUUUUUUUUGUGGAGCAUGAGGCCGUUUGCCAUUCUGUAUCGCCUACCUGUCUUGUGAUUGUUUACCUUGUUUUUUUUUUUUUUUUUAACCCGUCACAGAAACAAGCUUCCAUAAAUUACUGUAUGACAUCUAAACUCUAAGAACAUUAUGUAACAUUUUCUUUGCUGUUUGCCUCAGGUAAUCCUGAAAAUGAUCAUCUAAAAGCAAGUUCAUAACAGAACAGCACUGCAAACAGCUGUUAGAGGUGGACUUUAAUUGGCCACAGGCCUUGGAUGCCAUAUUUAAACAUAAAAACGAGGCUGUAGAUUUUACUGGAUUUCAAGAUCUCAUUUUCACAACCAGAGAUUUUGUCCAAUUGAAAUGUUUUAGGAAGAUGUGUCUUCAGUGUUUCAUCGGCUAAAAUAUUUUAACUGUAUACAGCCCUAUUUAUCCCUCACAGCCUAAUUUUUAUUCUUGUAUAAUUAUAAAUGCUGUUUUCCCUUCACUGAGGUUAUCUAUCCACGAUCAAACUUGUAAGAUCAGUUGGCCUUCUUUUAUCUCUAAUGAAAUACUUUACUAUCUACAGUAUGUUGUUUUUGUGAAGUGGAGGUACAUACUAAACAUGAUUUUACUAACUCCUAAAUGUCCAAAAUCAGCUUCUGUUAAAUGUCUGUUUAUAUUGCAAUGAUCAAUGAAAUCACAAACUCCAUCUUUAAAGCACUAUGGUCUUGUGAAGCAUUUCCAGUCUAGUGACCAAGAUCAUGUUUUCUUGCACUGGAUCUAUGGAGAGAUGCAUUUAUUUGAUUUUUUUUUUUUUUUUUUUUUUUUUUGACAUUGAUAAGUGUUUAUUUUGAAACAUUCCAACUUUGACCGGGUUGUAAUCAACCCACUCCUGAUGGAUCAAACUAUGAGGCCGCUUUAGGUCUCAUUAUUGUGGAGCUUCCAGGACCUGGAUUGGCUGUGUUUGGUUGUGCUUCAGAAGUUGUGCCAAUGCUGUCUCACGUACAAAUUCGUACUAAUUAGCCACCUAGUAAAAUAUGUAUGAAUUGCCGUGAGAUCGGGUUGGUUGUGCGGUAAAGAUGACUACUUAACCAUUUCUCCCGUUUCAGUGAUUGUUAAAUAUGUUAAUGUGGUGAUUCCAUUGUUUUGAUGUGUACAGGUGGAUCCUCUAUAUAGAGUCUAGAUUAAUUGUCCUUGAGGAAAUAAAAAGAAUUGUGAAAAACA